AUGGAUCAGAUGGGAAAACCCUCAAUUCCUGCAAUUCUUUACAUGUCGAAGCCACAACUGCUAGUCCUUUAUCUCCGAUACUAUCCAGUGGAGGCUAGGGUAAGAGAAGGAAGGACUGUCAACGUUCACAUGUUUUGUGCUCGCAGGCCAGGUCUCUUGCUCUCCACUAUGACAGCUCUAGACAACCAUGGAUUGGAUGUACAGCAAGCUGUAAUUAGCUGUUUCAAUGGAUUUGCACUAGAUGUGUUUCAAGCUGAGGUGGCAAACAAUGUUGAUGUAGGGUCUCUUCGUGAUCCACAAGAGGAUGCAGCAAGGGUUAAGAAUCCAGAGUGGUUAAUUGUUGUUGGGUUCUGCACACAUCUUGGUUGCAUUCCCUUGCCGAAUGCUGGUGAUUAUGGUGGCUGGUUCUGCCCUUGCCAUGGUUCCCAUUAUGAUGUCUCUGGCAGGAUUCGCAAGGGUCCAGCACCGUACAACCUGGAAGUGCCCACCUACAGCUUCUUGGAAGAGAACAAGUUGCUGAUCGGUUUAGAAUAA